GAGACCAGAUCGAUGGUACUAGAGCUCAGCUCGCUUGCUCGCUCGCUCGUCGCCUUCCAAGUCCGAUAGUCCACAUUCUCUCUCCCACACCCUCUCUCAGCUUGUGUAUUUCAGUCGCUUCGUAUUGCGCUUGCGUUUAGUUCCGUGCUGCGUGUUAGUUUACGGGAGGUGUAGCGCUGAUCUUCUCUCUUUGUUUGUUUUUGUUUGUUUUUAAUUUUUUCCCCUCUUCUUCUCUCCUCUUCUUCGGAGUUGCUUGCGCAAGUUCGGCCAGGAUGAGUGCGGAGAAGGAGCGCGAGAGCUAUGUGUACAUGGCCAAGCUCGCCGAGCAGGCGGAGCGUUACGACGAAAUGGUGGAGUCGAUGAAGAAAGUCGCGAAGCUUGACGUGGAACUUACAGUGGAGGAGCGAAAUCUCUUGUCCGUGGGUUACAAGAAUGUAAUCGGAGCCCGGCGGGCGUCGUGGCGGAUUAUGUCCUCUAUUGAACAGAAGGAGGAUAGCAAGGGAAACUACCAGAACGUGAAGCGUAUCAAGGACUACAGACACAAGGUGGAAGAGGAGCUGUCGAAGAUCUGCAAUGACAUACUGUCGAUCAUUGAUGGGCAUUUGAUUCCUUCGUCCAGCACGGGAGAGUCCACCGUGUUCUACUACAAAAUGAAGGGAGACUACUACCGGUACCUGGCGGAGUUCAAAACUGGGGCUGAGAGAAAAGAAGCUGCUGACCAAUCUUUGAAGGCCUACCAGGCUGCAUCUAAUACAGCAGUGACAGACUUGGCGCCAACUCAUCCGAUUCGGCUGGGACUGGCCUUGAACUUCUCUGUCUUCUAUUAUGAGAUUUUGAACUCCCCUGAGCGGGCAUGCCAUUUGGCGAAGCAAGCAUUCGACGAGGCAAUUGCCGAAUUGGACACAUUGAGUGAGGAGUCGUACAAGGACAGCACAUUGAUCAUGCAACUACUUAGAGAUAAUCUGACUUUAUGGACGUCAGAUCUCCAGGACGAUGUAGGCGACGACCAGGGAAAGGGAGAUGACAUGAGACCGGAGGAAGCGGAGUGAUCACGACAAUCAAGUCUUUUCUGAUGGGGUGGAUUCGGAAAGAGCCUCAAUUGAUUGGUGGUAGGCCGGGGCGAGACGUAGUGUAGUUCCGUGCUGGCGGUUGUAUGACAUGUCUUGCCUAUUUUGUUCUGCGUAGAGACUGGCUGUUCAUAGAUUUCCUCUUUUGUCCUUUUCUUUUCUCUUUUUUCUUUCCUUCGUUGGCUAGGAUGAGGAAUGCUAAGAUUUUAAUAUUAAAAUGAACAAUGCAUUAUAAACAUCAUGUACGGUUAUAUCUGAUAAGAUUGGCAGUGGGAUGGUUUUGUGUCCGGGCUGUGCGGUUUACAAUUAAAGAACGGUUUCUA